UUAACAGUAAAAAGUCUAAUCAAAAACAUAAUAUGAGCGACUGAACGGGCAAAUUUUCGCCAAUGAUUACCACUUGAUAACACACACAAACACAAAUACACGAAAGCAUUUUAAACAUUUUAUUUGUAACAAUCAAUUUCAACUUCAAACAAUCAUUUUAACAACAAAAAUGUGAUAAUCGCCUGAAAAUAAUUCAUUAAGUAAUUUAUUUAUCCGACAUCGGCGAAGUGAGUAUUCUCUACGUUUUUGGCUUUUGGAAUCGCAGACUCGCACAAGUUAGCAGAAGUGUAAUGGCGGACAGUCAUGUGACUGACAAUAUGGCGGCGGUCAAUUUAUCGAUUCUGGAACGGUCUAUAGCACAGUACAAUAUACUGUCUGAAAAUUAAGAUAAAUUUACUAUGGACAAAAACUAUGUUGAAAUUAAGGGUCAUGAAAAAUAAUUGUUUUUGCUAAAAAAGAGGGUGUCCAAAAACUUAAGAGUGUCUGAAAACUUUGGGAAUUAUGUGUUGGGAAUGAUUAUGGUUUCACUGUUAAUCAUUUAUCAAACACUCUUACUAUGAAUUGAUAGGAUCUAAAUAAGAAGCUUGUGUUGGAAAAUGGCAGACAGUCCAUGGUUACCAGUGGGAUGCAUAAUACUGAAAAUAUUAAUAAGGAUUUGAUUGACAGCUGCCGCCGCUGAUGUCGUGUUGUUUUAAUAAAAUGCGUAGAUUAAUACUGCAAAAUCGUUAUAUUUUUUGUGUGACAUUAAUUUUGGUUGAUUUUGUUAGUAGACGGCUUCAACAAUUUAGGAUCUUGACAAACAAGUAUUCCAACUGUAUAUUUUUUAAGCCCUGUUUUCCCAGAGCAGGGCUCAUAUUAUAGAAUAAUUCUUGUAUAUGACUUCAGCCUGACAACACUUACAGAAGAUGCAGCAGAUACCAGAGGACAUUCAAGAGAAUGUGAGGGCGGUGCUGUUGUCUAAGACAGAUGGUAGCGGUAUACUGGUGAGCACGCUACUGAGGGACUACAAGAACAUUGUGGGAAGGCCACUGAUGUACAAGAACCUCGGCUAUCAGACCUUGGAAGCCUUCAUUAAAGACUUGCCUAAUGUCUGCAGAUUGGAGUACUCUGAAAGAGACAUGGCCUAUAAACUGUUUGGCAUUGCCAAGCCCAGCACAUUUGUCUCGUCAUUUGUGAAGAAAGCCGAGGGAGGCAGCCCUUCUAUCUCUGAACGGGAAGGUGAAAGAAGCAAGCCACGAAACCGAAGGGGCCCUAGGGUGCAACAUACUACAGACUUAAAUGACAAAUGGGAGCCCAACCCUAGAGGACUUUAUUCGAUAUGCUUUGACAAUAAAUCGACAGGACUUAAUAAAGCAGACAUAGCCUUGAAGUUCGCUGAGGCGGGACAUGUUGAGGAUAUCCACCUCAUAUCUUCAGGAAUGGCAUUUAUAAGAUACUCUGAUGAAGAUGCAGCGAAAAAGGCAGUGCAAAUGUAUGGGGAAUCAUUGAAAGUACAUAAAGCUGAUGAGCGUAGAGGUUCAAAGAGAGACCAAAAUCAGGCAAGGGAUGGCCGUAGGAGAAACAAUGACUCUGGAACAGGUGACAUUGAGAAUUACAGUGACCUCCAAAGGAAGAAUGAAUAUUAUCAGAGAAAUCGCAAUGAAAACAAUAACAAUCAGCAGAAGGUAAAUGGACACAGAUUUUCAGACGCGAAAGAUAACAAGCACGGGUCUGAUUCUGACUGGGAAGACGAAUUCAGUGACAAACCAAGAGUAAAAAAGACUGAAAAUUCUUGCAUGGAAGAAACCGAAAAUAGCCUGAGUGCAAUUAGUUCUCCCACUGAAGACUCCAAGACUAAUCUAAAUGGAAAUAGUCCUCGCAUGGAUGACACCAUGUUUAGUCAUAGUGGAAAUAGGACAGUACCUGCGUUUGAUGCCGUACGAGGCAGAAGAGGUAGAGGAGGACACAAUACUGGGGGUCCUAGAAGAGGGCUUCAUGAAGAUCCCUUGUCACCAAAACAGACUGCCUCCAGCCAAAUCACUCAAGUGUACAUUGGGAAUUGGCCAAAUGAAGGAACAGAGAAUGAAUUAAAGGCACUGGUCGCCAAGUACCAAACAGAACGAGUAAGGAUGUAUCUUGAUAAAAGGGACAGUAACAAAAGAUUUGCGUUUGUGGACUGCCUGUCUCUGGAGGAUGCAGAGCAGAUGGUGCGGGAGAUGCACAAUCAAAUCCACCGCAACAGAAACCUGCUUGUCAGACUGGGCAAUAAGAACUCUGUGGAUCACCACAGUGAUGCUGGGACUGGAAGUGUCCAUAGUGAGAUGGGACGGCUGAGCCUCAACACAGGUCCACACCAGGCAGGCCUGAAAUCACCAAAUAGCAGCAGCAGUCACCACAGUGAUGCUGGGAGCGUCCAUAUUGAGAUGGGACGGCUGACCGUUAACUCAGGUCCACACCAGGCAGGCUUGAAAUCACCAAAUGUCAUCAGCAGUCACCACUCCCCAGCCAGCUCAGUGGGAAAGGGAGAUAAACCUGGCAUGUCCAGACAACUGGAGAGUGCUGAUGAUGAGUUGCCUCCCCUGGAAGAGCUUGUUUCCCCAAGAAUGCCUGCUUUGGAGGGAAGAAUGCCUGCCUUGGAGGGAAGAAUGCCUGCUUUGGAGGGAAGAAUGCUUGCCUUAGAGGGAAGAAUGCCUGCCUUAGAGGGAAGAAUGCCUGCCUUGGAGGGGAUGCAUGGGUAUCAUGGUUAUGGAUGCCUGGACGACAUGCCACCUAUUGAGGAAAACCUGCCCCAAAACCUUCCCCAAAAGGGGGCUAUGGGGCGCCAAGAGAUCCAAGGACAUGUCAAAGUGCUGGUCACCAAUUUUCCAUACGGAACUUCUAAGGACGCCCUCUUCUAUCUGUUUGAGAGGUUUGGUGUGCUGGAUAUCGGCAUGAUUAACCAGGCGGAAAUGGGUAGAAGCACCCUUGCAUACAUCACCCUUGCCAACAUGGAGCUGGCACAGCAAGCCGUGAUGUCCCUCGACCAGACGAUGUUCUGCAAUCGCAAGCUGACUGUGGCCUUCACUCCAGAUGUGGCCAUGCAGUUGGACUCCACUGCUCAUGCUUCACAAGACAUGAUGCAGAGAUAUGCUGGCAACUCUUUCCAGGAGUCGCCAAUGGGUGGAAGCAGGAGUCGACAGAAUUACAACAACAAUAGAGCAGAGCUCCAACAACUAGACUUCGCGGCAAGGGCUACACCUAGCAAGCCGAUUGUGACGUCCAAUGACUACACCUUUGCGCUGCUGACCUCCAAACUAAAGGACUACAGCAAGAUCAUGAGCAAGCUCUUAGGUGAAUCAGAUCUGCUGGUUGGCAUGGUUACCAAGCUGAUGAUCACCCAUGUAGAGAAUGAGAAGUUCUUCUGGGCCCAACGACUUGAAGAUAAUGUGAAUGGUGCCAAUGGCAACCUUCCCAAGCUACAGGAGCUAUCACUGAGGCUUCAGAAGCCAGACCAGAAACAAGGGCCUAUCAGAAGCCUGGGACGAUGCACAGCUCAGUUUGAAGGGGACUGGUACAGGGCCUGGUGUAAUGGAGAGACCACCAAGAAUGGCAUUGAGAUGGCUGAUGUUUUCUUCAUUGAUUACGGCAACAAGGCCCUCAUCCCCAAGUGUGAAGUGUUGUGCACUCAAGGCUUUUGGACUAUGCCACCAAUGGCUUCACCAUUCAAGCUCUCCGCUCCUGACUUAGAGUUGCCCUCGAUGGUUAAUCAAGUGGUAACAGUGCAAGUGGUUGAACCUGGGAUCCACCAGACAAACUUUGUAUCUACUGUUAAUUGGAGCAGUACAGUUGAUUAAUGAAGAUGACAAGAGCUCUCAAGUGCUUUCUAUCCAACUGUUUAGUGCCUAAUUGUGCUGCAAAGAAAUGCAGUUUAAAUAACCACGGUUAAUUGUUAACAAAAACUUAUAAUAAAAAAAUGUUUUUUGGAUACCUGGAAGUACAGUUAAUUAGCUUUGGUUCAGUUUUGUUGUACAAGUGUUCUGUACAUAACUUCAGAUGUUUAACAAAGUUUUUAAGUGUUUUUAUACAGUAAUGUUUCUCCCCAUAUAGCUGAAGAGAGGCUUUGGAAUAUUGUGUUUUUACUUUAUUUGUGGAAAUAUACAGAGUUUGUAUAAUCCACUUUGUUACCGUUUAUGAUUUUGUUUUACACAAUUUAAUGUUGAUUGUCUCUCCUAGCAUGUGACUUCCUGUAUAAGUCAACAUAAUUUUAUGUGAGAUUCAUACAGGUUUAAGAUUGAAAUGAGCUGUGCUCUGUGAAAAGGGGCUUGAAUUCAUGUGUGUUAAGUGUGCAACAAAACUUUUUGCACAUGCAUUAGACCCCCUUUUCACAGAGCAAGGCCCAAAUGAUAUGUACAAAUAGCUUUUAAAUAGUCUGUACAUGAAUUGGGGAGUUUUGAUGGAGUCUGUUAAUAAAUUGAUGUGUUUU